UAUGUUUUAUUGAAAGACAGAGGGGACUUUAAUUUUGCUCUGGCGGCGUGACGUCAUAGGUCUGCGCGCGCUCCCGCGUCUGUUGUGAUUCGGCUCAAAAAAGAGAAAGUCCUGCUGAAGAGACUGAGAUCCUCGUGACACACUGAUAUAAAGAUGGCGUUUAUUAAAGAGGAGAGUGAAGACUUCAGGAUUGAAGAAGUGUUCAGUCUGAAACAAGAAGAGACUGAGGAACAAACAGGCCAAGAUCUGAAUGAAAUGGAACAGACAGAUCAGUAUGAGAAACUCCAUGAUUUAAUAACUGAUGAAAAAACUACACAGACUAAAACAGCUUCUAUACAAAAAAGAACUCAGAAAACCAAAUCUAACAGCCGUUUCACCUGCCAUCACUGUGGAAGGAGUUUCAGAGAAAAACAAAAACUAAAAACACACAUGAGAGUUCACACUGGAGAGAGGCCAUUCACCUGCCAACAGUGUGGAAAGAGCUUCACUCAACAAGGAGCCCUCAAAAGGCACAUGAGAACUCACACGGGAGAGAAGCCUUUCACCUGCCAACAGUGUGGAAACAGUUUCACUCAAAAAGAAUCCCUUAAAAAUCACAUGAGAACUCACUCGGGAGAGAAGCCUUUCACCUGUCAGCAGUGUGGAAAGAGUUUCGGUCAAAAACCACACCUUCAAAGUCACAUGAGAACUCACUCGGGAGAGAAGCCUUUCACCUGUCAGCAGUGUGGAAAGAGUUUUACACAGAAAAACACCCUUCAUUCCCAUAUGAGCAUUCACACUGGAGAGAAACCUUAUACAUGUGAACAGUGUGGAAAGAGGUUCCCUGGAAAACAAAACCUUAAAGACCACAUGAGAGUUCACACUCAAGAGAAGCCUUACUCUUGCAAAUAUUGUGGGAAGAGUUUCACACAUACAUGCUCCCGUAAUUACCACAUGAGGAUUCACACUGGACCAAAGCUGUUCACAUGUGAUAGUUGUGGAAAGACCCUCACAACAGAAUUUAGCCUUAAGUGUCACAAGCUCAGGCACACUGGAAAGAAACCCUUCAAAUGUGAUCAGUGUGGAAAGAGUUUCAUAUGUAAGGUCAGCCUCAAUUACCACAUGAAGACUCAUUCAUUAGAGGAACGCUGUAAAUGUGCUCAGUGUGGAAAGAGUUACAUUCGUAAAGGUAGCCUCAAUGCUCACAUUAAAAAGCAACACACUCGAGAGAAGCCUGUGGGAAGAGCAUCCUACAAAUAGAUAAUCUUAAGAUUCACAUGACAUAUGUGUGGAAUCGUGAAGAAACCCACAUGAGAUUUCACUCAGGGGAGAACUAUUAUGCCAUCAUUGUGCAAAGUGUUUCUCAGUCAGAGGAAAUCUGAAGACUUGCAUAAGAGGUCACACUGGAGAGAGGCCUUUCAAGAUCAUUCUGGAAAUAAAGUGACUGUGAUGAGGUUUACCAAAAGAAGCUGUUUUAAAAAUCACCGGCAUAUUCACUCUGGAGAAAGGCCUGUUAACUUUGAUCAAUGUAAUACAUUUGUUUUGACAUUACACCUGAUAGAUACACCUAAGAAGUCAUGAAAGUGAGACAGUAUUUUUGUGCUUUGUGGAGAAAGCUUUAAAUAGCCCUGUAAUUCAAAUAAUUUCAAACAGAUACCUAUUUUCUGGAACUAAGACUACGCUCACACCACAACUGAAUGUGUGCCGUAUCUGAUUACGGCACCUUCAUAGCCAUGUCUUUUAUUUAUAUAUUUGCAUUUUUAUAUACGGGUAACUUGGAAUUACAGUAUUACAUUUCUGUCUUACUGCAAAAUUCCACAAUGUAACUAAAUGGUUAUAAAUAAAAUGGUGAACUGCA